GUAGCUGAAGCAGAAGCAGUUGACGAGUCGCUUGGAUUUGAGGUGCUAGACAAGGUGGCGAGGAUGUUGGCUUCAACGGACUCUGAGCUUGCCUCAGGCGAGGUGUUUGCUCCUGAUGAAGUGCUACUAAUUUCUGUCGAUGUAGAAGGAUCUGUGAAUAUUGUCAAAAUACUGGGAUUUGUUGAAGAGCUGAACUCGGAGGUCGUGCUGAGGUCCGACGAGAUACUGAACUCGGUGGGAGUGCUUGAGGCAGUCGAGAAGCUAGUUUCGUUCAAGCUGCUAAGAUUGGUGGAACUAGGAGUAGGCAGGAAUGUCGUGCUAAGAUCCAGAGAGAAGCUUGACUCGGAUGUAGACGUAUCAAUGGAGAUCAAGCUUUGA